GGGUUCGCCGAUAAGUCGUUCCCCGCUGAAACCAAGCCUGCAUCCUCAGACCCCACUCAAGUGCCUCAUCGCUGCUGCUUCUCCUUGUCCACGAGCAGCCCUGGGCAGAAGAGGAGGGCGAGGAGGGCAGGUUUUCCUCAGAACUGCCCCAAGUGGUCCGGCAGUCCGGAGUCAUGGAGCUGUUCCUGGGCGAGUACAAGUCUGUGCAGCAGGACUACGGCCUGCACGUCCGGCUCUCGGGGGAGUCGGCCCAGGUGCCACGGACCGCUCCCAGCGCCAAGGCGGGGUCCUACGGGGUCAGCAUCCGAGUCCAGGGCAUCGACGGCCACCCCUACCUCGUGCUGAACAACGCCGAGCGUGGCCGGCUCCUCCCCGAGAGCGCCCAGCCCCAGCCCCUGCCGCUCCGUGGGGGGCCUGGACCGGCUGACCGGGUGAACGAGGCGUGGUCUGCCAGCCACCCGCCCACCCUGCCCGGUGCCAGGUGGGGCCCCGGGGCGCCCCGCCCCUCCGAGGACUCGUCCGGCGCCCCAGAAGGCGGGGAAGAGCCGCCCGAGCCCCCGCAGCAGGACGAGGCGGAGGGCCAGUCCCUGGCGGAGGGGCCGGGGGAGAGCCCUGGGCCCACCAGCCCCCAGGCCCGAAGCCCCGCGGAAGGCGAGAAGCUGGGACAGGGGGUCCGCAGCGGCCUGCCGAAGCCCCCCAGCCCGCCCCUGCUCCCGGGCAGCCCGGCCCCCUCCGGGGACCCCAAAAGUCCAGGCGCCCGGGACGGAGGGUCGGAGGGGCCGGGAUCCCCCGAUGGCAGCCGGGAUGCCGGGACCCCGCGGCCGGACCUCCUCCCCUUCCGCCGGCAGGACUCGGACGGGUCCCGUUCCCGCAGGUCCUCCGCCUCGUCGGCCGCAACCGCGCCGCCCGGCGCCCCCUCCCCGCCCCGGCUCCCGGCGGGCGAGCGGGAAGGCGCGCUCCACGCCAACAACGUCAACCGGCACGAGAACCGGCGCUACAUCCCCUUCCUGCCGGGCACCGGGCGGGACGUGGACACGGGGUCACUGUCCGGCGUGGACCAGCUGAUCGAGAAGUUCGACCAGGGCGGCGCCCGGCGGCGGGGCCGGUCCGGGAAGCGGGGCCGCGUCCGGCCGGGCGACUGGAAGAGGUCCCGCAGCGUGGACAGCGUGGACGGCCUCUUCCCCUUCAGCCUGCGGGGAGACCCGGCCUACCUGGACGAGUUCAGCCGUAACCUGGGCAAGUCCACCGAGCACCUCCUGCGCCCGUCCCAGGUGUGCCAGCAGCAGAAGCCCCACGACCGCCGGCCCGCCGGGAGACCCCCCUCCGGCCGGGCCUCGGACCCCCCGGAGGCGCCCGGGAAGCAGAAGCAGCAGCCGCGGCAGCGCCCCGAAAACAAAGCGGUUCCUGACCGGAAGGCGGGAAAGCUGCCCGCGCUCCCGGCCCAGGCCAGGAAGGGGGAUGACGAAGUCAGGUCGGCCACCGCCACGCUGCAGCUACAAAACCACGUCUCUGCUGCCCCACCCGAAUCCACCACCAAGAAAAUCUCCCUGAAGACGUUUCCAGCGGCCCCGGGUACCCAGGUCACUCCGGAUCUCCUGAAGGGCCAGAAGGAAGUCGCCCAACAAGGCCACGAGGAAACGGCCAAGCAGAUCCUUUUCAAUUACCUCAGAGUGGGCAUCGACAAUGAUGACGUCACCAAAAGGAAGGUCAAUCUGGUCUUCGAGAAGAUCCAGACCCUGAGGUCCCGGGCGGCGGGGAGUGCACAGGGGAGUAGCCAGGCUGCUGAGUCUUCCCUCGAACUCAAAGCUCUAAUGGAGCAGAAGAGCAAACUGAGCAAGGAGGUGUCCGAGCUGCAGAAGAAGCUGGACCUUGAGAUGCGGAACCAGCAGAACCUCAGGGAGGAGAGGGACCAGACGAGGGGGAGCCUACAGGAGCUGCAGCGACAGCACGAGGGGAAGGUGGAGGAGAACGCCGAGCUGCAGAAACAGAUCGGCCAGGGCCAGACCGAGCUCCGGAAAACCUUGGAGGAACUGUUCCGGGUGCGGAUGGAGAGGGAGCAGCAUCAGCUGGAGAUCAGAGACCUACAGGACCAGCUCUCAGAAAUGCACGACGAGCUGGACAGCGCCAAGCACUCCGACGAUGGGGAGAAGGCGGCUCUGAUCGAGGAGCUGCUCCAGAUGAAGCAGGAGCUGCAGGAGAUCCUGAUCAGCCGAGAAGAACAGGAAGACCUCCUCCGCAGAAGGGAGCGGGAGUUGACCGCCCUGAAAGGGGCACUCAAGGACGAGGUGUCCAGCCACGACCAGGAGAUGGACAGGCUAAAGGAGCAGUACGACGCGGAGCUGCAGGCCCUCCGGGACAGCGUGGAUGAAGCCACCCAGAACAUCGUGGCGCUGGCCAGCCGGGAGAGCCCGACGGCACGCAAUGGCCCCGAGGGCCAAGUGAGGGCCCUGGCAGAGGAGAAUGAGAAGCUGCGAGCCCGGGUUAGGGAGCUGGAGCUGGACGCGGCACAGCUGGAGGACGAGGUCGACGCUGUGUGUGGAGGCGAUGGCGAGGUCUGGGAAAGGGUCCGGAAGCUUGAGGGGGAGAAGCAGCAGCUGCAAGAGGCCCUGGCGCGGGCCGAGGAACAGGACCGGGAGAUGGUGUCAACCACCCGGGCACUGGAGAAGCAGCUGGAGGAUGUCCAGAGAAGUCUCAGCCAGACCACACAGGAGCAGCAACAGCUGAUGGCGAAGCUGAAAGAGGAGACGAAGGAGAAGGAGCAGCUGAGGAGCGCGAUGAGAGAGAUGGAGAAGGAGCACUGGCAGUCGGACAAAACCAUUGAGAAGCUGCGCAAGGAGAUGGCCGAGGUCACGGAGGCCUCGCGGGCAUCCACUCUGGAGCUGCAGAGCCAGCUGAGUGAGGCCAGGGAGAAGACUCGCAAGGAGCUGGGUGAAAUGCAGAGGCAGCUGUUGGAGAAAACCCAGGAGGCGGACAAGUCUCGCAAGGCCACCCAGAAACUACAAGAUGAGACACGCUUGCUGGAGGAGGAGCUGCGAGCCCACCGGCGGGCCCAAGAUGAGGCCCUGACCAAACGACAGCUCCUGGAACAGGCGCUGAAGGGCCUGGAAUACGAGCUGGAGGCCAAGAGCCACCUGAAGGAGGACCAAGGACGACAGGUCAAGCUGAUGGAGGACAAGGUAUCGCAGCUGGAGAUGGAACUGGAUGAGGAGAGGAACAGCUCAGACCUGUUGUCGGAGAGGGUGGCCUGGAGCCGAGAGCAGAUUGAACAAAUGAGGAGUGAACUGGUGCAGGAGAGAGCCUCCCGGCAGAACCUGGAAUGUGACAAGAUCUCCCUGGAGAGACAGAACAAAGACCUGAAGAGCCGCAUCCUUCACCUAGAAGAGUCGCACAGGUCCGGGAAGGAAGGGCUGGUGGCGCAGAUGGAGGCUCGGCUCUCGGAGCUGGAGGAGCAGCUCGAUGCUGAGAAGAGGGACCGGGUGAACCUACAGGUAAACAACCGGCGUCUGGAAAGGCGAGUGAAGGAGUUAGUGAUGCAGGUGGAUGAUGACCACCUCUCUCUGACUGACCAGAAGGACCAGCUGAGCCUGCGUCUGAAAGCCAUGAAGCGUCAGAUGGAAGAGGCAGAGGAAGAAAUAGAUAGGCUGGAAAGCGCCAAGAAGAAGCUGCAGCGGGAGCUGGAGGAGCAAGUGGACGUGAAUGAGCAGCUGCAGGGGCAGCUGAACGCUGUCAGGAAAGACUUAAGGUGGAAGAGGUCCUCGAGCCGAAUGCUGGAUGACCUGGACGAUGAUGACUUCAGCACGGACGGCGAGAGUGUGUACGAGGGGACCGUGGCUCACGCGUUCUCCAAGAAUGGCAGCCCCCCCAGCUAAGCCCCGGCACGGUCCUCACCGCUGCCAGCCCGAACCUUUUCCCUACCGUCCCGCCGAGAGCCGAGCCCCCUCUUCACUCCCCCCUAACGAGCCACUCCUUCCCCGAGGGGGACGCUGCUGUCCGGGGCCUCGGCGGGGCUCCCCCAGGAGGGGACCGCCCCGACACAGGAUUGUGGCUGCCUCUGGCAGCCUGGACUGCAGGCUGUGGGGUCACUGGUCAGCUGUGCUGGAGGGCAGAUCGAGAUGACGCCCGAUCGACCUUGGGCCGACCGCUGGGGUUCCGGUUUCUAAAGUCACUUUGACACACCAAGAGGCCAGAUCCCCACUAAGUGUUCUUUCUCUUGGCAAGGAAACAAAGCCAACCGGAUUGCUCAGUAUUAAGGAGUGGAGACAGGGCCAGGGGCCAGAACAAGACCCCAAAAGGGACCCUGAAGGAGGAUUGAGCAGAAUCGUCGCACAAUCAACUUCCUGCGGGGACAGGGAGAGGGGGAGCGGGCAUGGCCAAGGGGCAAAGAGUGGCGGAGGAGCAGGUGACCAGAACAGUCAGGUUGGAACUGAAUGUCCCCGGUGUUCCCAGCCCGGUUUUCUGCUUCCAGUUACCAGGGGGAUAAGAGGGUGGCCUGCAUGUGGACGGAGCCCUGCUUGGGAAGGGUGGGGAGUGGGAAGGCUUCUUGGCGAAGCCAUGGCUCUCUCCUCGCCACCCACCCCAAAACGGCAGCUGGAAAGUAGGUUGGUGGGCCGGGUCCUUCGUGGUCUCUGCCCGCUGUCCGCCCAGCUGAGGUUGCAGGGCCGGUUUGGGUUGGAACGUCAUCCGGGGCCCAUGAAGCGUGACGGAGACUUUCCAGUCCCCCACCUCAAUGGGCCGGACAGGGCUGCCGCCCACCCUCCCCACAGCCCAAGUGAGAGAGGCAAUUCAUGUCCAUUCUCUGGGCUAAAGUCUCUCCCUGCUUCCUGCCUCCAGCUUGUCAUCUCUGGGGAGGUCACCAACAGAGUGUGACAGCACCCUCAACCUCUCUCUGCCCUAUUUUUAACCCUGACUGGCGAGGGCCCCAAAGUUGAAGCCAGGCUGCUAUUCCCCAGGAUAGGCUCUUUUCCUGUUGAUCAGUACUAACGCCUGCCUAACCCACGACAAUGUUCUUUAUGCUCUCCUCAGCUCCCUAGAAAUUGAUUUCCUUUUACCAGCAGCCGACGGGGCAGGCCGCCCAACCUCUGGACAGUAGCCAAGAGCUGCCUUCGUGGCCUUAGCUCUGCCAUGCAGGUGGGCCCCCCUGAGCCACGCUGACCCCUUAGGGUCCCUGGAUCUCGGCUGCGACCCCCCUGCCCCCCCACCCCCGUCCACCGCCAAGACUUGUGAAAUUCAGAAUCCCCUCAAUAAAUGCCGCUCUCCAGGCUGGUC